AUGAAUUUUGUGAAUAGAAGGUUUGUGAAGUUGCUCCGGGUGGCCGUGUUUGUCGUGUUCGGUUGUGUCCUGUUCAUUGCUGCUACUCAUUAUGUGUACGAUGGGGCCAAUUCAGUGAGCGGGUACGGGAAACAUCUACAAGAACAUCUCUCGGGGACAGCUACUGUUAGCGCCCCAUCAGCGAAAACAGCAGCAUCUGCAGUUGCAGGUGGAGCCGGUGGUGGUGUACCGGCUGCUGCUGGGGCUGCCGCUGCAGCUCUCGACAGUAUGAAAUUGAAGAAGUUCUACAGCCGCGUCUUCCAAAAUAUAAUAGAUUUCUCCCCCAGUGGUGCUACUAAGAAACAGUAUAAGCCGGAGUGUCGUCUAGAGGGAGACAUUGGUAGUAGGCCCGAUGAUUAUUCGAAUUUUGAUAGGCUGGGUUACGAUAACCUCGUCAACUGUUUGAACUUGUCUGGUGCGGACAUUUCAAACUUGAGACACUCGCACAAGAGCUUCGUGGAUAGCCUCGACGUGACACUACCAAGUAACUCGUAUAAAGGAAGUGGUAUUGUCACCGUCGGGGGUGGGAAGUUCUCACUCAUGGCGUUCCUGAUAGUACAGAAUAUAAGGAGAAUGGGUACCACACUACCAGUGGAGGUGUUCAUCCCGCCAAAUGAGGGACCAGAGACAGAGUUCUGUACUGAACUGCUCCCCAAGUACAACGCCAAAUGUAUCUUCAUUGACCGCAUCUUACCCGAUGAGAUGAUCCAGAAAUUCGACUUUAGAGGGUACCAAUUCAAAUCGUUGGCACUCGUCGCAUCAAGUUUUGAAAAUACUCUGCUAUUGGACGCAGACAAUUUCCCAGUGAAACCACUAAACAGCAUCUUCAACGAGGAACCCUUCAAAUCAAAGGGGCUCGUGCUGUGGCCGGACUUCUGGCGCAGGACCACACAACCUCUGUACUACGAUAUCGCCGGGGUACCAGUAAAUCUCAAAAACCGCGUUCGUAACUCAUUCGACGAUCUGACGCCGCCAGAGGUAUACACGGAAAACAUGAACGAUUUGUCUGGAGUGCCCUUCCAUGACUUGGAGGGGACCAUGCCCGAUGUAUCCACAGAGUCCGGUCAACUAAUGGUCAACAAAAAUAAACACUUGGGGACAAUCCUGCUCGCGUUGUACUAUAACGUCAAUGGACCAACCUGGUAUUACCCUAUAUUCUCACAGAAGGCCGCUGGAGAGGGGGAUAAAGAGACGUUCAUUGCAGCGGCCAAUUUCUACGGUCUGCCCUUCUAUCAAGUCAAAUCGAGUACAAGCGUCGAUGGGUACUUUGAAAACGGUGAGUUCCACGGCGUUGCCAUGUUACAAUACGACUGUGUUCAAGAUUACAAACUGUACCAGAUCGCCAAGGACGAUAUCGACGUGAAAUACGGCCUCUCUCGAGUCGGGAACUCCGCCUCCCAGAAGCGGAUCUCAUUUGAUAAGAGUUACUCGCUUGAAGAUUUCAAGAACAAGUACUUCAGGGAGGACAGUCAUAACGACGUCAUGUUCAUCCACUCGAACUUCCCCAAGUUUGAUCCGCUCUCACUGUGGAAGAACAGGCAGCUCGUGGACAAGGAUGGGAACCAUUUCAGGUCGUAUACCAACCUGCGGAAGUUCGGCGACUUCGACAUCGAGUUGGAAAACUUCAAGAUUUUCAAAAACUUCUUCUGCGGGGACCAGAAAGUAUCGUACUUUUCGUACCUCUACGAUGCACUGGAAAAAACACCCACGGGAUGGAACGACAUGUGCGAGUACAUAAACAAAAGACUCGUAUUCUUGGAAAAGACGCAUCUAGAAGCAGUAAACAAAAAGGACUGA